ACUUUUAAUCAUCGACUAUUAAGUUACAUUUACAAUUAUUAGUUAUAUGAAGUAGCAACUGAAGAAGUAUAUUUCUAUUAAAUUCUUUAUUAUUACCAUAUGGUUCGUUAUUGUUUACUUUGCGUAAGAUUUAUUACGACAACAGACUGGUAAUGACUGGUAGUUAAAGUUUCGUGGGAUAAACAAAAUUUUGUUUCCGUUUCGCGUCUUUCCGGCUCCAAAACUUUUUCAUUCCAGUACUGCCUCAGAUGCGUUGCUAAUAAUACAACUCUUAUUCUACCAGCAGCAAUAUUCUAACUUGUUCACUCCUUGCUCUGCCCUCUCACCAAACGUAUCUGCAGUUCAGAAAGUUUAAAGUCAAGUUGAUAAACAGAGUUACAGAAUUAUGGUUGUGAUUGAUGUACAAAAAGAGAUUUUGGUCAUGGAUUCCAUUGAGAAAAUGAAACUUAGAGAGGAGCGGCGGAGGACGGGACGUUACAUGGCCGCCGGCGUUGCGAUAUUUCUGUCCCUGUUGGGACUUUACCAAGCUGUGGCAAGGGGAACACCAGAGUACGCGGCGCUUUUCGCACCCGCUUUGAUUAUGUUCAUUUACAUCCUUUGGAUCCUUUACGCCUCCAAAAGUCAAAUGAAAUCUGUGAAGGAUUUGGAGAAGGCAAAGGCACAACCGGAUGAGGUGACACCGGAUUGGAAUAUCAUCGAUCCCGAGAAACUGGAGGAAGUGCAGAAAAUUGAGAAAGACAAUGCUGAUAAGGAAAACAGGCAGCAGCAUAUGUUCAGCAGGUCCUAUUCAAUUGCCUGACAAGAGUAUUUAUUGUACAUUAUGCUCAUUGAUUUAGUUAUACAAUGCAUUUACGGAUUCAAAGAAAUAGCAUAGCUGUCUGAUUUGAAGGAUGUUAUGAUUUUAUUGAUAAAUACGUCCAUCUGUUAUACUUA